AUGUCCUCUCUUCUGAGCCAGCCUCUGGCCAUCUCAUCCUUCGUCCCGCCUCUCCCACUGCUUGGCCUCAUCACCUCCACAAGCGCACUCGUUGUUGCCUAUUGCGAGACCAUCUUUCUCGGCCCUCUCGCCGACCCCAGUGUCUCGCCAGCUGCGGUUCGCACUGUCUGGCGCAAAUGUUUCUUCCCUGGCUUUCUCGCUGUGGCGUCCUCGCGCAUUGGAAGUGUCGUUAGCGGAAUUGCGGGAUAUAAAGCUUCGCCGCCGGAUUCACCUGCUGCCGUACUGUACACUGCUGGUAUUGCAUUUACGGUGGCGCAUUUUGCUUUCUUGCCUUGGGGGGAAAAAAAGGCCUCUGCCGCUCUCGACCCGAUUUUGAACGAUAAAGCUGAAGCAGAUACCAAAGUCCAUGAGGGCAAUAAGAAAUUCAUCCGUAUCGACAAGGUCCGCACUUUCCUCAGCGAGGCACCUGCGUUCUUGUGUUUCUUGGGAGCGAGCCUGGCCUAUCUCCAGAUUUGA